GGACAGUGUUUGAAGCCCAUACAUCCGGGUGUCCAGUUCGAACCUGGACUCGAAGUUUUCCUCCCCUACCACCUUUAGCUCACUGGAACUCUGAGAACAAGUCGCUGUUCACGCGACAGACGUUCACUUGCGCGAAACGCUGUUGACCUCGUUGAAAAAGCACCCAAUCGACCAUUGAAUCUAUUCUCCGACCUAUGCAAGCGCGAGAACAAGCUUCUGCAAACAUGGAAGCUCGGAGGAUAGCAUGUCAAAGGGAAUAAGCCACCAUAAGAGACUGCAAUGGCAAGCCGAACGUGUGCUUGAUUGAUAAGAGAUCACAAAAUGGGAAAGAUUUCUGGCCCGAACUGUUUUACACCAACCCCAAAUAUGGACGAUCUGGAUGUGAGAGACUUUGCUAUGGAGGGCGCACACAGAAUCAGUCUACAACUCACGGACCGAACCUGUAUCGGUAGCUAUAGCUACCCUUCCUGUCUAUUCUUUCCCACCAACCUGCUCACCAACGCGAAUUGGGUUCCGCUUGUUCCGCAAUACGUAUACAGGGCCUCGAGGAACAAGAUGACUUACGCGUCCGUCUCCGGCUGUGAUCCAAACCUGUCAAACGGCGUGCAAAAUACAAGAUGCAUGCAUGGUAUGAUGAAUUGAACCAUCUAUCUUUUAUAUCAGGAUGCGCGCAAUGCGCAAAUAUAUAGAGGCAAUUGCUCUUGUUGUGAAUUGCAUUGCGCUCCGAUCAAUGCUUGCCAAUACAGCCCUGUUGAAGGCCUGUAUCGUCGUUAUUACCCCGGGGUCCAAUAUCCACAGGGCAGAAAAAACAAGUUUGUCA